CCACGUCUGUUUAAAUCGUUAAGUUUAUCUGAAUUUCUUUUGGCUUUUGUUAAAUUUUUUUAAAUGUUAUGUGCGACGUUCAUCCUGAGCGUCGAGAGGAGCUUACUCAUUACCAGUUUUAUUGUUAAAAUGGUCACAACGUUUCCACCACCAUUGUUUUUUGAAUACCAUAAACAGUUUUCUAGUAAAGCUGCUACAAUUCUAUCUACAAGUGGUGUCAAAAUUGACUGGUCGGUACGAGAUGAUAAACUGUAUUUUUCUGUUUUUGCGGGACGACGUGCUCGCAAUUAUGACCACUGUCAGGCUGUUGAUCAUUCGACUGACUUUUGCCCGGCUGUGUCGCGUUUGAAUCCAUUUACAUUAUUACAACAUCCACUAUUACAAGUGUCGUCAGCACCAACAUCUACUUUUCCCGUUCGUCCAAACAAUCGUUCACGACGUCAUCCUGUUACCCUAUCAGAUGGACGACAUAUUUGUUUUAAUUUUAAUGAAGAAAGAGGAUGUAAUCGAGGUACAGUAUACUCACAGAUGUCUUGA